UCGAUAUAUUGAAGAAUGGCGGGCAACAGCGUUCCAAUUUUAUUGGUCACCGCGAAUGUUGGCAGUAUUUUCGAGGAGCCUAGCGUGAUGUUGAAAAUUUGGACGGAGGAAUUUUUAUCUACUAUAUUGAGGCUGGAUCCAAAAUUUAUUGCAUUGCACUGCCAAGAAGUAGGUGGAAAAAGUUACGAGCACAGCACUAGGCAGGUGGAAGACUUUGUUAGAUUACUAAUGUCAUCGGAAGAAUUAAGACUGUUUGACAAAAUUAGAGUAUUCUUGGAUGAAGAUUAUUCAUCUGCUGAACAUUUUACGGCUCUUGGAAAUUUUUACUUUGUGCAUGAAUCUUUGAAAGAAGUUUUAUUAUGGGACUUCCAAGAAUGUACUUUUAUACCAGUGAAUGGAAAAGAGGUUCAUUCUGGUAAUAUAGAAGCAGUCGCGACCAAAGAAAAAGCAAAGUUCCCUCAGGAAUUUUUUCCAGAAUGUAAAUGGUCCAGGAAAGGAUUUCUGAGAACACGAUGGAGUAUUAGUGGAACAGUUUUUGAUCUCAUAAAUAUACAUUUAUUUCAUGAUGCCAGUAAUUUUAUUGCUAUGGAAACGUUUCCAUCCGUAUAUAGUAAGACGCGUAGAAGAGCGCUCGAGCAUACAUUAGAUAGGUUUCAUAACGAUAAAUAUUCAAAUGUACCAUACUUUUUAUUUGGAGACUUUAAUUUUAGGACAGACACAGCCGGUGUAAUCAAGAAACUUACAGAAGAUACUCAAGAAAAAAGGUUAUCAAACAAAGGGAAUGUUUCAAAACUGCAGUUUCACAAUAAAGACGAUGAUCUCAUAUUAACAUUAGGAAAGAAAGAAUUUUCUCAUUGCGAGCAUCAGAAUGUUUUUGUGCAAAAUAGUGGACAAUGGCUACGUGAAUAUGACAGAGAGCUGGAAAACUUUGAUGGAAGAUUAUUUGAAUUUCCGAUUAAAUUUGUACCCAGUUACCCAUUUGAAGAAGAUAUCAAUGAAGGUUCAAAUUAUAUGCAGACAAGAGUACCGGCUUGGUGCGAUCGUGUUCUGCUCAGCCCUACCGCUAAAAUGCUAGUCCAAGAUAUAUCGUCAUUGGAUGCCGUGGAGUAUGGAAUAAUAGGUCCAACGACUUGUAUGGGUGACCAUAAGCCAGUCUACUUGAGGGCUAAUCUCAUCUUGGACGAAGACACGAUGAACGAGGAGUCCGAAUCGGGUACGAUGUCCAGUUUGAACAGUCGUGAGAUAUUCAACAAUAAUAACGACAACCACAGCAACAACAAUAACAACGGUGCGACAACCAUCACGAGAUAUAUUCACAUUAAACACGCGGACUCGGCGGUUAAGAUUUUUCGGGAAACGACCGUCUGAUAUUGAAUUUAUUACGUGUACAGUCCUCGCUUGCAAAUUACUAUUUCACGUUGCGUGAAAUAACGUUUCAUAAGCUUAUAGGUACAACAUAUUUUAAUGGUAUCGCGAUGCACCGGCAACCGAUCUGCGCAAAGAUCUCGCCGCGUCGUUUUCGGAACAUACUGAUAAUCGAAUCGAAUCGAUUAUCGACUUUAAAACCCGUUGAUUGCGAUCGAUCGAUAAUCGUAAGUCGUACGUGCACUCGUAUAUGGGUAAACUCACGCGAUUCGGUAAAUUGAAUGCAAAGUAACGCAAAUAGUGCGAUUACGAAAUGUUUCGUUCACGACGGACGAAUGACGACUGCCGCAAAUACCCUAGCGUGCCCUCGUUAUAAACUGUUUUUCGCGCGCAUAUACAAAAAGCUUUGGGUAUGUUUACACGAAACUUGUUACGCGAUUAGUAAUCCAUUGAUUCAAAAUACAUCCCGUUAAACUAUACAAUGGAGAUGUUAUAGCAAGGAAAAAAGACGAGACUUUUUCGAGAAUUGUUAAUGUAACGAAACGUAUCUGUCAGUACAAUCGCGUGUGCGACAAUUAUUGUAUUUUAUUCAUUAAGUGUCUCGGUGUUCCUAUGCUACGUUCUUUCGAACAGCUCUUCCCAAGACCUGAGAUCUUGCAAUGAUUUGUAUGAUUAGAUGAGCAGAGAUACACGCUACUGUAAACGUUUCCAUGGGAGAUCGUCUGAUGUGAUAUUACCGUGGUACCUCACUUUGUUGGUUUCCAUUGUUGGAAACCGCGGAAGUCGAAAGAAGAGAAUUGCGCUACGAUUGCUGCCAAUAUCGAUUCCACUUCACUUUUUGCAAUGCGAUUCAAUUUAAACCGACACGCAUUCGCUUUGAAUUUCAUUGCAAAAAGUCGAUAAGGGUCAUUUGCAAGCGAAUUAUUAUGUGCGGAAAUAAAAAGAGUAAAAGAAUCUAUUUCUAGUUGAAAUUUCGUACAUAACAACUCUAUUGCAAUUGCAUAAUGUACACAUCAUAUAGAUACACACACACACACACAUAUAUAUAUAUAUGUGUGCGUGUGUGUGUGUCUGUGCACUAUUUAUACAUUGGCGUCGAAUUUCAAUGAUAAUAAAUUCCUAGUACGAAAAUAUAUCCUUGCCAUAUAUAUAUAUAUUUUUUUUUCAUUUUAUUUUAUGGCUACAAUAUUGAAUAGCAGUAAGCGCAUUAUUUUCGACAAUUCAAAUUAUUACCGAUCUCUGAUAUAAUGUGCUCGAAGCACUCGAUUCACGAUAAUAUCUUAAUCCGAUCCAAUUGGACUAAAUUUCCGAGUACAUUCCAUUAGCGUAACAACUAGCUAGUGAACUCGAAGCUUAUUAAAAACUGUUGGAAAGUACUCGAAUAUCGUUAAUAUAGGAAGUAAAAUGUUUAGACGUGAUAGGUCGUAUGUAUUGCACGCAACAUAUCUGUAUUCCUCUAUCGACAUGCAUACGAUAAAUGUAUACUUGUUAUAAGUCCCCUACGGAAGUUUGCCGCUACUUAAAAGUCCUUCAAAUCCUUCCACUGCCCCUGGUUACAUCACUGGCGAAUUUACAUAUUUCGGUGUUAUAUACAAAUAUGUACAAGAAUGUAGUAAUGCCAUAAUCUGUCGAGUGUAAUGGAUUAUGUCUGUUAGUUCCAUUUUAAAUUUUAUCGCGAACAAUUCAAAUGAUUUUAACGUAACACUAUAUUGUUAUAACAUAACCCCUUCGCGAUCAAGUCUCGCCAAAAUAUCAGUCCUUCCGGUCUUACGUUUUCAAUUAUCGGCUUCGAUGCAGGAGGCGAAGAAUUAUUUUAUAAGAAGGUUUAAUGUAUUCCGAGGAGUCGAUACGUUUACCUACGACUGCUUUCAAAUCCGUUCCAUCCGAUCAUGCAGUUUCUCAUCUGUAACGAUAGCGAAGACGUAAGCACGAAUGGCAAGAAUCGUAGAAGGUAAUCGAUAUUUUGAAUAGGUUGUUUACUUAACGAAAAAUCGUAUAUGUCACUCGUUCGGUGACAUACACGAAGCUACCAUUUCUGGCCACAUUUUCUCAAAUGUUCUUUUGGCGAUUGUUAUUCCAAAUGUCUGUUUCCGAAGUGUAUGUCGAUGAUAAUCGUAAGCCAUUCCUAAAGAGUUAGCCGUAAGACAGUUGAAGAUAAAGUGUACAAUUCGAUAAUUAGAGAUUCGAUGAAGUACCUGAUCUGUUUGAUCAAUGCUUAAAGUAUACUGCAAUUGUUUCUUGUACGUAACUAUUUUACAAAACUGAGUAUUUUAUAGACCAACGAAAUGUUCGCUGCGAUCGCAAUUAAACAUUCUAUUCUAUGCUAUGCAAUACCUAGAAAUACACGAACCGUCGAAUUGUAUGCUUUGUCCGUAACGCAAUAAUUUAACUCGAUGUACGUAUUAACAUGUAUGUAAGAUUAAGGAUUUGACGCUUUCACCAGACUGGUUUUAGGAUCUUCCGUGCGGGCAAGUUUUUCGAGAGAAUUUUUGAAAAGAAUCGCCAUUUAAUUGCAUCAUCAUCGAGAGAAGAAUCGAUGACUUGUUUGUUUUCUAUGCCUCUAUAGUUUACAAACGGAUUUAAAUAACGGUAGAAUUUAACUAAUAAACAUG